AUGAAUAAGCUUAUUUUUGUCGGUUCCAUUGCCAUAUCGUCGCUCUUGAUUUCGUCCAUCGUAGCUGUAGUCGUUUUGCUAAGAGAACUUGCCAGCCUUGAAGUGCAGGUUCAAGCUGGUGUGGAAGAACUUGAGGAGACGGAUGAUACUUGGAAUCAAAUCAUGGAAGCUGCACCCGCACUUAAUUCGCUGUUCAAACGUUCUCCCUCAAAAUGUUCCGACUCGGAUCAGUGUUGCUAUGGAAAAGAUCCUGCUGCUUGUCAGUUAUUGCAAAGCGGUCCUGAAAAGCCACAGUUUGUCCAAGAGCUCAAUUGGGGAAACCCUGGUUUCUAG